CGUCGCUUUGGGGGGAACGUUGUGUGAGAGUUUUGCAAUAAAAAUACACUCAAUUCACUGUUUUUUGCCUUCCGCCCCCAUUCUUUAGGAAAAACUUUUCUAUUUUCAUACACUUUUUUCGCCCCAACACCCAUGUAGGUGAUUGUCUCCGUAGUUCUAAAGCCCAAAGUGGAAAAAGGGAGUGGUAUAGAGAGAAAUACGGUGCUAUUCUUGAUAGCUUCAAUGCCAUUAGUUUUUAACUCUCAGUUCGCAACGGAGGUAGUAAUUUGUGUGCCGACAUAACAUGGAAUUAUGUAACACAGUCCUGUGUACCACUGAUGGCCUAAAUAUCAUCUCCCAAUACGAAAUACAGUGAAAUAUACUUUUCCUUAUUAAAACUUGUGCCCGUCGAAGCAUUUACAUUCUAUCAAAAUGCACACGAAAUAAAAUCAUUUAUAUUUCCGGUCAAUAAUGAUGAAAGUUUACCUGCUCAAUUAUAGGGUUUUUUUUUGGUCUAUUCAUAUCCCCCUGCGACAGUGAGCACAGGAUUCAAGGAUAAUAAUAUUUAAUUAAAAAUUUUGAACUCCAUGUGUAUACUUUUACAUAACAGUGCAGAAAAUGGAAUACAAAUUAUUUUUAUCUUGUGAUAAUUAUGCACGCACAUUUUUUUUAAAGAAUAGUGAGUGCAAAAUGAGAAAACACGAAUGCGUCUCCAAUGUGUAAUUCAGCGUGACAGGAUUAAGGUGAUUUAGUUUAUUGGAGCAUCAGCAGUGCAAUUGUAGGUGGUGGUUGAUGCAACUACAGCAUAAUAUGUGGAAUAUUUCAUCACCAACUCAUUCGGAAUCUAUGCUAAUUGACAAUACAUAUUAUUGUGACUAUGGAAUGGUCAAGAGCAAAUUUUAUUUGGGUAUGAAAAUACAUAUUCAAAAUAGGUGCAAUACGGCAUAGCGAAUCACUCUGGAGGGACCAGAACCUCCCUGGCUGCAAGGCCCCCUCAAAGCCGCAUUCUUGGGGGCCACGGGUGUUGGAAAAACAAGUCUCCUGCAGCAAUUCUUCAAACAUGAUUUUUCUGUGUGUCACAUUGCGACAGGACGCAGAAAUACCUACAAAAGCUGUGUGGUGUGUGAUACAAGCAUUCGCGAGCUGAUAGUAUUUGAUAUUCCAACCCCCAAACGCUUUCCAACCGAUAGUAUAAUGGAAUUUAAUAACGGCUAUUUAGGCUUAAGAAAUGUUCAUGCUUAUGUCUUGGUCUUUGACAUGGGCAAUCUGGAUACAUUUCAGUAUUGCAGAUCGAUGCGAGAUCAAAUACUGGAAAGCUUCAGUCAUCGUGAUUUUAGCAUUAUGGUAGUUGGUAACAAAUUUGAUUUAAUCGCCGAGACAAAUCCCCAUACCCAGGAACUAAAGGAUAUUUCAACACUUGUACGGAAACACUGGAGGUGUGGCUACGUGGAAUGUUCUGCCAAAUUCAACUACAAGGUGGGUGAUGUUUUUCGAGAACUCAUGGGUUGCACCGUAACUGGUGGAUCGAUCGGCAACGAUUACAUACAAUCGUCUCGUGGAAGAAGCAAAUGUAAUAUUCUGUAAGGAAUAUAUACCUUCAGAAUAGUAAAAAAAAAAACACAAGCUCAAAAAAAACUUACAAAAACCAAAUAGUAAUGAUACUAGUAGUUUAGUUCAGUUCAUUUUGUUCCUCUUCUAAUAUUAAUUAAAGAAGAAAAUGCAUUAUUAUUAGUCAUGGCAUGUACCUGCUUUUAGCUAUGACUUCCCAUGGGAAUGAUGAUCCAAUAAUCCCUAAACUUUCAUUGCAACAUCUCGUUGGUUUGCAAUACAUAGCUUAGAAGUAGACACAUGCCAUGACUAACGUGAACAGAUCAAUAAUACCUGUCUUCUUUAUAAAUAAUUAAUAGAAAAAAAGAAGAUACAAAAUAAAGGCAGUUAGACCCAUUUAGAACAGCUUUUAAAUGAGAAAAUUUGCUGUAGAUAUUCUUUGAGUAAAUUGUACAAGAACUCGACAGCCAGAACAACAUUAUAGGCGCAGUUACACUACUAAAAUUCUAUAGGUAGCUAUUUUUUUUUAGUUACGCAUUUUGCAUCCUUCACUACCUACCUAUAUUACAUAAUGUAUGUUUCAGUUAAGAAAAAAAUAUUAAUGAGUAUAUUAGUAAAAAACAAAAUAUACAAGUUGUUUAAAAUGCGAUAGAGUGAUUGACUUUUUUCUUAACUGAUAUACAUAUAGUAGUGUUAAUUCUACACCUUAGAACAAGAGGAAGAAAAUAGUAAAAAAAAAUCAUUAUAUUGUUUAUACAAAAAUAUAAAAUAGUGCUAUGUAAUAUUUGCAUAACAUUGAAUUAUAAGAUUUGGAUGAUGAGUGUACUUUUCGUAAAAAGCCUCGAGAGGGGAAAAUACGCAACAUUCAUGAAAAAUACAAUAAUUACUGAAUAGUUUUAGAUUAUAAAGUUUGACAAAAAAAUUAUAUGAGAUUUAUGAAGUAGUUUAAUCAAAAAACUAUCUUCGCAUUUAGAUUUAGUGUGAUCCAGAUUCUGUAAUGUGUUUGCCAACGUGACAAGAUCAAAAUCUGGAUCUAAAAAAUUGGUAAUGCUGAUAGAAGUUGGAUAAAUUGUUUAAGAAAAAAAACACUUGUUGAAUUUUUAUGUGAUAAUUUACUACAAAGAAAAAAUAAAUGAUUACUUGAUGAUGGGCAAUAAAUUGAUAAAAAGGGGCUCAUAUAUGAACGCACAAAUUGCUCCAAAAAAAUUGUGAAAAAUAUACCAUAAACCCCACCGGAAAAUGUUCAUUCAAAAAGUAUUAGAGUUUAAAAAAAUAUAUUGCAAUUAGGAACAUCAAUGAAUGAAACAUGAAUAACUCUUUUUCUUACAAAAUGUACGUAAUCUAUCUUUUAUUUUAUACACUCUUGUAUACUUACAUUAACUUCAUUUCAAAUCUAUAGCACCAUAAAGUCGCCACUUUGCCUUCACACAUUUAGGUUGGUGCUUAUAACGUCUGUAUAUAAUCUAAAUGGGUGCCCAAAUCCAUGUAGGUUUAUCCAGAGACUUUUCAUUUGCUUCCAGAAGAAAAAAUAUACAUACAUAGAUAUGAAGAAAAUAUCUACAACAUUUUAUAGCCCCCGUCUCAAAAAAAAACUCUAAGAGCUGUAUUAUAUACAUAUAGUAAUCCAUCGAUUUAUGCAAUGUCCUCUAAAUUCCGUCACCUACAUCUCACCCCAUAAAACUUUACCACAUAAAACAUUUAUACUUCUGCAUUUUCUGCAAAAUAACGUCUCGUCCUUCUUCCGCCACCCACUUGUCCGUAUGGUAAAAUGGUAAAGAGAUAGCGUAUUCACAUUAAUAAACUGAACUGCACCGAAAACUGUAUAGAAUACCAACUAAUUACCAGGAAAAUUUUUCCCUUAAUUAUCUCCAUAGCCCCUUACAAUUCUACUCAAAAGCCAUGUUUUAUUUAACAAAUAUGUAGGUAUAUAUUUCAAAUAUAUACAUAGAUGCCUUAUAGAAUAUUGUUUCAUUUCUAAAUAUAUAUGUUGUAUAUUAAAGAAUGUAAUAUUUCUUCCGUUUGUACGCCAGAAACCCCAAUUAAUUUCCAAAAUUUGGGCAAAUGAGAUAUUUUUGAGAAACUUAAGAUGGUUUUAUGGUUUAAUGAUAAACCUAAUUAGGACUAAUUUUCAAUCAAAAAUACAAUUUUCAGGAAAACUCAGCACAUCAACUUUAAAAAUAGUUGACAAACUUUUAUAUGUUUAUCAUCUCUCAGUCAGCUUCAUGGAUUCUUUUCUACUUGAACUUUACAACAAAUUUCGUGGCUUUUAAGGAUCUUCGAAAGAAAAAAAGUCGAAGCCUUAGAAAAAAAAAGAGAAACAGAAAAUUCAAAAUAUAUUCAUGUAUUAAAAUAAGUUUCAAGCAAAGCUAAAAUAUAUUUUCAAACAUUUCAAUAUACAAUGUAGAUACAAACAAGAGAUAGCAUUAGAAACAGAAACGUAAGAGUUGAAUUGAUUAUUUUGCAAAAAAAGUAGUUAUAACCAAAUGUAAAUAGCAAAAAUGCUUAAAAAUGAAAAUUUUAGACAUACAAAAUAGAGCUAUUUUAAUUAUCUCACCAUUUCCAACUAAAUUUUGGACAUAAAAUCAAUAAGUUGUAAUAAUUUGAACAAUUAGGUUCCAAUCACUUUGAUACUUUAACUGACUCAUUGUUAUCCUUCUUCCUUUAUUGAUGAUCAUGAGAAGCAAAACAGCUGAAGAAAUUUAAACUUUCUUUCUUCCCCACACUUUUCAAGAAAAUUGUUUUUAACUAGUGAAGAAAUCAAUAAGCCACGUCAACAGAUUGAAUUAUUUAGUCCUAUUGACGGAUUGAAUGGAAAAAGAAUUGUUAAAAAGAAUUUUCUUCAUUUUCAUUUUUUUUUUUCUUAUUAUUAUUUUUCCUUCUUUUUAUUACUAGAAAGCAAUAAAUAUUAAUACAAAAAAAACAAUGUACCCAACAUGUGUUAUUUACGCAUUAUUGCAAAAAAGAAAAAUAAAUGAUUGUUGCAAUAAGAAA